UGCUGCCCGCUCACUUACUUCUCUCUCGUCAAACAUACAGGGUGGAACACUCUCUCUCCUGAAGAAAUUCGUGCAAUUCAUAACUAUUUUCUUCUCCUCUCAUAAUCAUCGUCAUCAUCGUAAUAGUUGGUCGUCUGCUGUCUUCAGCUGUUUGGUUGAUCAUCCACAGUUCUUCCACCGGUCGUCGUCUUUCGUCGUCUUUCGUCGAUUUUUCGCAUUGUUUUCGUUGAAGAUGGGAAAGUAUAACCAUCAGGUUACGGUGAGUGGACUCCCUUUCGGGAGUCCAUUUACUUUGAGCGUUCCAGGCAGUAGUGGUGGAAAUCGUGGCGGUGAUGGGAAGCGCGGUGGUGGUGGUGGGAAGCGCGGUGGUGGUGGUGGAAACGUUAAGGCCAAGAACAAGAAGAACCAGCGAUGUUGGCGCUGUAAGGAGAAAGGACAUUACGGAAGUGAAUGCAAAUAUCAAGAAGAAGAGGCUUCUGCCAAGAAGGCAGAAUUUUUAAAGAAAAAAAAAAAGAGGACUCUGCUACUACUGCCACUACUUCUGCCGCUGCUUUCAAGCCUCCAUUCGCAGGGUGGAAGCCAGGUUUUGUUAUGCCUACCCCACCUACUCAUAAUAAUGAUGUCACCAUGGGUUAGAAAAAAUGCUACCGGUCUUAUUGAAAGUGGACUACUUAGUUUAAGAACAAAUUUACAAAAUCAUCGUAAAGAUCCGUCCUUAAAAUUAGUUUAGUUAAAAUAUAUUUAAAUCUUUUGUUUUUGCUAUAUCGAUCGACGUAGUUGUUAUCAUCUUGAAUGUCGCAGUGGACCAAUUUUAAACAUACUUAGUUGUACGGCAGAGAUAUUUUAUUUCUUCAAAUGUGUUCAAUAAUAUUAUACAUAUUUUAUUGUUAUUAUUGUAGAAUGCGU